GCCGCAGAGCGGCGGCGGCGUCAUGGCGGAGGCGGCUUUGGACGCGGUGCGGAGGGAGUUACGAGAAUUCCCGGCCGCCGCCAGGGAGCUCAGUGUGCCUCUUGCUGUGCCUUACCUGGAUGAGCCCCCCACUCCACUCCACUUCUAUCGGGACUGGGUCUGCCCCAAUAGGCCUUGCAUCAUCCGCAACGCCCUGCAGCACUGGCCAGCUUUGCAGAAGUGGUCCUUCCCAUAUCUCAGAGCCACAGUGGGCUCAAUAGAGGUGAGUGUGGCUGUGACCCCUGAUGGUUAUGCGGAUGCUGUACGAGGGGAUCGCUUUAUGAUGCCUGCUGAGCGUCGCCUGUCCCUGAGCUACGUGCUGGAUGUGCUAGAGGGCCAGACCCAGCACCCAGGAGUCCUCUACGUGCAGAAGCAGUGCUCCAACCUGCUCACCGAGCUGCCCCAGCUACUGCCUGAUCUAGAGUCCCACGUGCCCUGGGCCUCCGAGGCACUGGGAAAGAUGCCUGAUGCUGUAAACUUCUGGCUGGGGGAUGUGGCUGCAGUGACAUCCUUACAUAAGGACCACUAUGAGAACCUCUACUGCGUGGUCUCUGGAGAGAAACACUUCCUGCUACAUCCACCCAGUGACCGGCCCUUCAUCCCCUAUGAGCUAUACACACCAGCAACCUACCACCUCACUGAAGAGGGCUCCUUUAAAGUGGUGGAUGAAGAGGCCAUGGAGAAGGUACCCUGGAUCCCACUGGACCCAUUGGCUCCAGAUCUGGCCCGGUACCCCAGUUACAGUCAGGCCCGGGCCCUUUGCUGCACCGUACAGGCCGGUGAGAUGCUCUAUCUGCCGGCCCUGUGGUUCCACCACGUCCAGCAGUCCCAUGGCUGCAUUGCUGUGAACUACUGGUAUGACAUGGAGUAUGACCUUAAGUACAGUUACUUCCAGCUGCUUGACUCCCUCACUAAGGCCUCAGGCCUCGACUGAUGGAACCCUGGUGAACGUUGCCAACGACAAGUGGUGGAAAAGGUCGUGUCCCUCCCAGGCCAAGUCACUUCCAGAGGCAAACUGGAGUCAGAGUCUGCUGACUCCUGGCCCAGCUCAGCUUGGAAUCUGCAUUGGAGGAUUUGGGUGAUCUGGAGGUCCAGGAGGUGCCAGGCAGGUCUGGGUGUGAGCUCCCAGGAAGUUACCACACAGGUGAGGCAGCUGCCUGUACUGGAGGAGGAGUGGGACUUCUGGUGCAGCCUCUUACCAGCACCGUGGGCGACUUAUCACCUUGGAGCAUUGGUGUCCUGUCUGUAAAACAGAGACAAUGAUGGGUCCUACCCCAUGGGGUGUUGUGAGGCUUGGAGAGAGAUCUUUAAGGACCAUAAGGGGCUGGCACAGAAGAAGUGUUCAAUAAAAGGUGGCUUUGAUUCAUGUGUGCUGAGACUCCCUCUUGAAGUUGCCUUCUGUGGUCUGGUGAGGGCUGGAAGGUUCAGGUAAACAUUUCAAGGUGACCCUGAUUGGGGGUGAGGCCUGGGUCCAGGCUUGGGACUGAGGACCUCUGCUGCCAACUCCCAUGAUAGCCACUGCAGCCCCUCUCAGGGCAAGCGGUUCUCAUUUUAACUCUGGUGCAGACCUCCCUGUCUCGGCCUCUAAAGCUGUGCCUAGCUUUGCUCUGGCCUUGUUUGCUCUCCUCCACCUCCAGGGAAGCUGUUGGGGUCUGGUGCCGAGGGUCACCCCUGUUUCUUCCACAACAAGCAUAGGUAGGAGGGGACAGAAACCCCUGCCCAUCCCCGCCACAGGGUCUCCACACACUCAAGACUCCCUCCCUCCCUGCACCAACCCAGACCUGGAAGAGCCCCUUUCCCGGAGAGCCACUCAGAGGCCUCAUCAUCCUAGCCACCCAGUGCCGAGGGUGGAGGCAGCCAGGCACGGGGCUUGGGAGGGCUCUUUCGUGAAACAAACCGUGCCCCUGCCAGGCGGUGAUAGACCUGGGGCACCCGCUUCACAUUAGCCAAGUGCUUCAGUCAGGGCCGGGCAUUCCUGUCCUACAGGCACCGGAGGUUGUGAAAGACCCUGUGACAGGGGACAAGGCUUAUCCAUUUGGUGCUGCCCUGGGUCCACUCCCUGCUUUCCAGAUGUCAGUGGCCCUUCUAGGUCCAGGCACAAGAGCAGGGUUGGGUGGGGUAGGUGCUGAUGGUAACGCCUAGAGGGAAUGGGUCUUCAUGGGUGGUAGGCCCCCAUUACAGGGGCCAUGUAGGUUUAAGGUUCCUCAUUUCCUUGACAGGUGGCUUGUCCUGGAGUGAGUGUGAGGCUUGGGUGGAGCGGAGGCGGUUGGGAGGGACCAGGGAGGAGCUUGGGGCCAACUGGCACAUUGUUGGCUCUGCGUUAAAAAGCCGACAGUCUUCGGUCCUGCGCCCACUGCCUGUCAUUUGUGGCUCUUGAGGACUGUCUGUCUCAUGGCUCUGGUAAGACCUCCUGGGGCCCUGGGCCCCCAGGCUGACCUUUGUUCCCUCUGGGGUCUGGUUAAUGCUGAUUCUUAAGAGGAGCUGUGGGUUUCCCCAGGUGUAGAGAGGGGACUUUGCCAGACUUGGUCCAGGGUGGUGAGCAGAAGCCAGGGAACGGGCCGGAUCUUGGGAUAAGGGUCAUCCUGAGUUCUUCCUGCCCUAGAGAUGGGCUCCAGGCAGAGUUCUCAGGGCCAUGGAUUUGGGCUACUGUCCUGGGGUCCCAGAAGGAAGUGGCUGCUCAGGUGCUCUUGACUCAGUUGCUUGGAGGGUAGGGGCCCCAGGGCAGACACUGACAGAUGAGCUUCCCCGGCUCUGCCCUUCAACUCCAUCCAUCAAGACCCUUCUGAGGCAGGGCUGAAGGCCAGGAUUAGUUGGCACAGGCUUUCCU